UCUAGUGAAGGAGGUCGUAUCCUUGCUCAGUUUAAGAGUGAAGUUGGAGAGCUUAUUGGUACACCAUUUGAUCUCCCUCUUGAUGUCACACCCGAUAAGCUAGAAUUAGUCUGUAACGCUGUUCUUCAGAAGGUAUUGUAAUAACUUUUAUGCUGACUAGAUUGAAAGGUCCAUCUCAGUAUAUCCUAAUUACUGGUAAUUACAGAUUAAAGGAGUCCAUCCCAUACUGUAGAAGGUGAAUGGUGUGAGAGGAAGUGUAGGUGAGGGAUGAGACUGAUAGAGGGGGUUGGUGUUGGUGAGGGGCAAUAAGAGUGAUGAGAUCUUCUAUGUGUGUUCUCUUUUUGGUUAGAUUAAUAUGAGACUCAAUGAAUGGUUUGAACCCAUCCAGGAGUAAGUAAUUGAAAUAUGAUCGUCCAGGUGAGCAUAUUGCUGAAUAGGACUGUUGUCAACAGUGAUUGACGUUUUGACCGCUUGUGCAGUAGUCAUCUUCAGAGUCAAAGAACGAAUGACUACCACACUGGUUGUCUUAAUAUCAGUCACCGUCAACGGCAACCCUAUUCAGGACUUCAUGUGCCCAAAUGAUCAUAUUCCACUUACUCAUGAGUCUGCCCACUAAAUAAAGUGUAUAGUCUUUUCAGCUGUUAGAGGACUCUCCUUCUCGAUCUAUUCGCAUUCAUUCUAUUCUGAUGAAAUAAUCCAGGAAGUUCAGUUGGUGUGAGGGGUGUUUUGCAGAAUGCCAAAUGACUCUGAAGUUUAGUGUUUAGGGUUAGGAAACACAGUGAAUCAAGUUUCAGGUCAGUUUUCCCAGUAUAAUGAUCAUAAAUGGAACCUGAUUCACUCAGGUUCCUUACCCUAAUCACAAAACUUCAGAGUUAUUCAGGAUUCUGCAUUCAGUGUUUGGCUUCUUCAAAGCUUGAUUUUAUUCUUUAGUGCUUGAAAAAGCAAACAGUAGCACUUGUACUUGUUAUGUCCAUUUAUUCGUGUUUUAGGAUGAGAGUGUCCCAUAUUCAUUUUUCAUCAAUGAGUCAGAAAUCACAGGAUCUCUUAAAGAAACACUUGAGACACAGACACUAGAGACAGAGAAAGUUGUGGAGAUAGUUUACCAACCUCAGGCUGUGUUCAAAGUCAGAGCAGUUACAAGGUGUACAAGUACCAUUCCAGGUAUGUUAUUUAUAUACAUAGGAAAAGUUUUCAAAACCCCCCUAAUUUCUUAUAAUAAAUUAUUUAUGCUAGCUACAUAUAGGAUAGUUCUGUGAUGUGUUUAGAUGCGGGCAGAUUGAAGUUUUCAAAAAAACUGUGCCCUAGCCAUUGCCCAAGCUUUGAAUUCUUCAUUUCUUAAUUUUCUUGAUUCUAUCACACAGUGGCCUGACCAAAAUACAAGUAGUUGUAAAAAAGUCCCAAAAUGUUACUCAAUAGACCAUGCAUUAAAGUGCAAUAUAUAUCAACUGUUUCAUUUUAAACAGGCCAUUCUGAAGCAGUAAUUUCUGUGGCCUUCAGUCCAGAUGGCAGGUACAUAAUAAUAUUAUUUAAAUAGAGUUACUGCAUCUUAAUUUACAUAAAUAAUUUGUGGUUUUAUGCUAUAAUAGUAUAAUAAUUAUUACUGUACAAAAAGUUAAGUGCUGUACUGUCAUACAUGUAGAUAUCUGGCGAGUGGCUCAGGUGAUACAACAGUCAGAUUCUGGGAUGUCAAUACAGAAACACCUCAUUAUACAUGUAAAGGUUAGUAGUAAUAAAUAAUAGCCUGAGAAGACAGGAGACAUUUUGUGACGCCACCGGUGGUCUCCCUAUGAAAUGACGUCUGAAAAAUGAGUGCAGAAACUCCAUACUGAUGAUGUGUCACUAACCCAAUCUAGGUAGUGAUUGGAUGAAGCAAAUUUCCAACCAAUCAGAAGCACUACCCAGAACUGGGUCGUGAUUUCUGUGCUCUUUUCUCCAAUGUCAUUUUGCUGGGAAACCAGUGGUGGCACAAAAUGGCGGCUGUUUUUUCAGGUUAAUGAUAAAGAGGGAGAGGUCCAUAAUGGAAUGUUAACUUUAGAGAAAAAAAAAAUAGUGAAUUCUAUCUAAAUGUGAGAACAAUUUCAAUUCACACCCCAGAGUAUAUUCCCUUCCACCAACUGUUAAUGAAUAAAAAUAACAUUAUACACCAUCUCUAAGUUACGUUAACAACUGACUGAAAUACUCAUAUUAGUGCCUGGAAAAUGCCUUUUUACAAUUGUGAGGUGAGAUGAGGCACUAAUUUGAUGCUUGGUUGAAGAUUUUCCCAAAUUGGAACAUUUUUUAAGAUAAUGAGAAGGUAUUAAGUCUUCGCCCCCACCCCAUAGUUACUGACCAAUAUUAUGAUCUUAACCAAUUAUAACCAAUACAAGGGAACACACCCCUGCUGAGUAAAAAAAACUUAUUUGCCUGUUUAUUUUUAACUUUCAAGGUCAUUCACACUGGAUAUUACAUAUAGCAUGGUCUCCAGAUGGCAAAAAGCUUGCUUCUGGGUGCAAAAAUGGAGAGGUCAGACCAAGUAAUCUCAUGCAAAAAUUGUACCUGUAUUAGCUUGCUGAAAACUAUUUAAUUGUAAUUAUGUUUUGUAAUAAAAUUAGAAGACAAAAUAUGUCUUUGUUAUUAGUUAAUAGAUGUGGUCAGAGAAAAAUCAUUGCUCAUCACGUUGCUGACUACAAGAGUUAUACAAACGGUUUUUAAGGUUAAGUUUUUAUUAUGUUUUAUUAUGUUUGAUUUAUAGAUCAGAAUAUGGGAUCCUGCAACAGGAAAGCAACUAGGAAAAAUAUUAAAAGGACAUUUACAGUGGAUAACAUGGCUUAGCUGGCAACCCCUUCACAGGUAUAUUAUGUAGACUACUCCUCCACUAACUUGGCCCUAUUACAAAAAAUUCUUUCUUGUAAUUACAGUUCUAGUCAGGAGUUGGGGUUGGUUUUUCAAAAGUCAAUGAAAGUGUGAGAGAAUUAUAUGAAUUAUUAUAUUACACAGGGCUCGCUAGCAAGUUUUAAGCAUAACGUUUUUGAAUCCUUUCUAGCUGAACAAAAGGCCGUGAUGCUCCUUAGACUGUAAUAUUGUAUAUACGUUUUAUGUUGUUUUUAUCUAUCUUAGUCAUAAUGUCUUUUUAGAAAUUAUCUAUUAUAUUAAGUAUCCUAAAUUAUCUUUGAAAAUAGUAUAUUUUAUAGUUUUUAGUUUUAGAAUCUAUAUUUGUACUUUGAGGGCCACACAGAGUCAUCAGUGUCUUAGGCCUACUGUUAAGUGUUUUACCCUCUUUAAAUAAAGCCUAUUAUUAUUACAGGGGUGGUGACAGGGUUAAAGUAAAAGGUCCUCCAUGUAAGAAGGAGAAAAAAGUUAAGUAGGUGGUAAUAGAUUGGAUGGAAAGGCCCUCACAUGUGGGGGUUUGUGUGGAAAAGGGGAUAACCCCCUUCCCCUCCACUGGUAAGAUCUGGGGGGCUUUUCAGGAAAAAAUUGUUUUUUGGAGCUAAGUUGAAAAAGUUGAAUUUCAGUGCAUUUUGCACAACCAAGGAGAGAAUUUUAGCCAUGAGGACAGCACCUUUCUUUGCUCACAUUUAAUGGUGUAUGUUGCAUCACAAUUUUAUUUCACCUCAAGAAGUGUUGCAAAAUAAAUACGACAUAUUUAUCAUUGCUGUCAAAAAAAUAUUUUCGUUGAGUAGACUAAAACAUGAUUUUGCUGGUCAUUCGGAGCUUUAGGAUUACCCAGUUUUUAGGGCAAGUCUCAAUUAAAAAAAAAACUUGGAGCAAGAAAACAUAGACUUCAUCAACUGGAAUAUUGAAUUGUCUUUUUCAGUAAUCCAGAAUGUAGGUUCCUGGCAAGUUCGUCAAAGGCAAGUCUAAUAUUUUGGUCUUUGUGUAAGGCUUUUGUAAGCUGUUGUUAAUGCUGUGCGCCCUAAGUAUUAUUGCACUGUUUGUUGUUUUUACAAUCAUGUUAUAUGUACGUGCCAUGAUGAUUCAAUUUUGCACUUGGAUCAUCUUUUAUUCCCCAUUGAAAAAUGGAAUCAAGGAUAAAUUUGAACAAAUCUCUUCCUGUGAUUUUUGCACCUGUAGGAUACAACAAUAAAAAUAUGGGAUGUUGUCCUUGGUCAGUUUAUAAGAACACUUUCAAGCCACACUAAAUCAGUGACAUGCAUCAGAUGGGGAGGUGAGGGUCUUAUUUAUUCAUCAUCCCAGGACAGGACAAUCAAGGUCUGGAGAGCAGAAGAUGUAAGUACAAAGUAAUUAAUUAAUAAUGAUAAGAGGAAUAAUUAAUAAUGAUUAUUACUUUGAAGGGCUUCCUUGAGGUCCUCUAGGUAGGUCCUCUGUAAUGUUUGUUUAGCUGCUAGAUAACCCCUUCCAAACUACCUUGUCUUUGCUUGUAAAGCCAAGUGAGAAUUGGGCAUCACAUCAAGAGUCAUGUAAGAAGUCACUUUAUUAUUCCUCAUAACCCCUGGAACUUUAUUGAGCUGACUUGAAAUAUUAUUAUGCAUCUUGAUCACUGACAUCCAGAAAUGUUAAUAGUUGGUUCUGGCAAUAUAAUACUGGCAAGUUGAAUGCAAUAAUUGAGGAUACAGCCAAUCACAAAACUAAUAGACUAACUGCAUAUUCUGUGAUGUACAAAACGGAGUAUUUCACCAAUUCUAUUUAGUGUGAGAGUAGCAACAUUCCUUAUUCAUUUCUUUUCUGUAAAAACUAAGUUACAGAGGAAGCUUCAGUCCUCUGUGUGUCUUGUUCUGAUUGUUUUCAUGAGUAGCCUUCAUGCAAAGGCAAACCAAGUCAUAAACCUUCAUGUGUAAUGUGUAGUGCUGUCAUUUUAUCUGUUUCUCAGGGUGUUUUAUGUAGAACACUGCAAGGCCAUGCUCACUGGGUAGGUACAUUGUAUACCUUUAACAUGAAAACAUAAACCUUCUUAAUACAGACACCACGGGGACAGAUUUGAAUGUCCACAUUACAGAAGUAAGUGCACUAUAGUCAAUAGAGAUAGGGAGGGUAUGUAGCCUAGCGUCUGGGUAAAUAAUAAUAAUAAUAACAGAAGUGUCGAUAACGAAAAAUUUGAGUGUCCUCUCAAAUGUCUUUAAUAACAGACACCACAGGGACAGAUUUGAGUGUCCACUUUACAGAGGUGUGUGUGCUAUAGAUAUAGGGAUUGUAUGAAGGUAGACAUCUUAUGGACCAGCUGAACUCUCCAUAAUAUAUAGAGGUGUCCAUAAUGAGAGGGUAUGGACUUUUUAGUCAAACAUACUUAGUAUGGACACUAAAGGCACUAACUCUAGUGUGUGCAUUACAGAGGAAAGAAAGGCUUAUUUACCCAUUUGGUAAAUGAAUAUUUUACCUCCAGUUGGGACUAACCAUCUGCUGUGACAAUUUGUCAGAGGUGUCGAUCUGUAUUCAGAAGGUAUUAUAUAUGGGGAUAACAGUCAACUCUGACUCUUAACAGACACCUCUAUGACACGGACACCUCACUUAAAUAGACAAGACUCUUUGUAGGUAAAUCCUUGCUAAUUUCACUGUUUACAUUAAUUUUUUGGCCAUUAGCAUACAAGUUCAACUUAUAGAAGACAUCACCACAUGUACAAAGUUGAAAGAGCUGGUUAAUUUGAGCAGUUUGUGCAAUUUUUAGCUAUUUGCAAUCAAUAACAAAGGAAAUACAGGCAAUCAAAAACUGCAAAAUUGCAGGGUGGCAAAAACGUUAAUGAGCUUAUACAUUCUUUGUAAAGUUCAGGAUUUUUCAAAGAGAAUUUCUCUGGAACUAUUCUGUCUUUAAGACUAAGAUUUUCAGAGAUAACUGAAAUUCUUAUGCUCUUUCAAUAUUCAAAGAUGUUAUUUUAGUAGCUGCAUAGCCUAUAUUAAUGAGGCAAAAAAUAUAAACAAGGAUUUGCCGUAAGACAGACACCUCUCUAAGAUGGACACACAGUGCCAGUUCCAGAGGUGUCCAUCUUAGAGUCGACUGUAUUUUAAAAAUGUCUUAGUAAUGGGUUCCUCUUUCAUUGUGCCACAGGUCAACCACUUAGCACUGAACACAGACUAUGCACUAAGAACAGGUGCCUUUGAUCCAUCAAAAGGCAGCACCGCACAUGAGGUUAUUACUGACAGUUCUAUACUAAAAGACAAAGCUUUGGAAAGAUACACUGAAGCUAAGGUAUGAGAUUAUAUGAAUAUUAACUGGGAUCUUAAGCAACUACGUAGAAUGCGAGCUGUCCCUUAUUUUUACUUUAAAGGCUACUGGUAAACCAUGCACGUAAGCCGCAAUAGACAAGGGUGUAAGCCCGGGAAGAAAAAAAUGCCUCUUUCAGACGUCGUUUUAUGUUUGAAAACGCGCUGCUUAGGAUGAGAACUCAACGGAUUUUAAGAGAAAAGACGGGCAAGCAGUAUAGCAACUACGUCUGUCACAUUUGCGUAACAGUUAAAUUUCUUCAUUUCAAGUCACUCAAUUUGUCAGAACUUUUGCUGGAGCCGAGUUAUUCAGAAAGAGAAAGAGGAAAUUGUCGUGUGUUUUUGUCCCAUUAAGGAAAUUUUGCGUCUUUAGUCAUGCUGUUACGGCAAAGAAAGGUACCAAACAGUGUGAUGUACGUUCAGAGUUGAUCGCAAAUGAAGAUAAUAUCAAGACCAUGUCAUGUACUCUCAAAGUUAUUCCAUUUUUGGAAUGACUGCCAGUGUUCGAGUUAUGCUUUAGGUUUGGAAGAUGACUAAGAUUACUACCAUCUAUAAGCUGUUCAGAAAUGGGUUACUAACAUGGGUGGGGAAAAUGACAUUUUGGUCAACGUUUGGUCAAGAGAUUGCAAGUGAUUCUUUACGUACGCUUUUCCAUAUUAUUUAAUUAUUGUUAUCGUUUCGGUCGUCAUAUAACUUGAAGACGAGCUUUCGGAGAAUCUUUUUAAGAAGACGCCCUUUUGGCUCGUAAAGCAACAAUUCUUCCCAACGGAUGUUAGUAGGAGUUUGUAUCGGCCUAAAGAAUGUCUGUAUAGCAGAUUACCUUAGAAGUACUUCAUAAACAUUGAUCAGUACGACCAUCCUAAUCUAUCAUCAGAAUUUUUCGGUAAACAGCAAACACUUCCGAAACCGUUCAUUGGGAAAGCUUAACUUCCUCCUAAGUUAAAGAGCGAAGAGUUUUAUUGUUGACCAUCAACUCAAUCUAUUUUUGUUUAAUUUUGUACAGGGUGGAAGAGGAGAGCGAUUGGUGUCGGGUUCAGACGAUUUUACUCUCUUCCUGUGGGAUCCAGAAGAAAGCAAAAAACCUUUAGCUCGAAUGACAGGUCACCAGGCUUUAAUAAACCAAGUUAGUUUCUCACCCGAUGGCCGUCUAAUAGCAAGUGCAGCAUUUGAUAAGUCUGUGAAAAUAUGGAACGGUGACAGUGGCAAGUAAGUUACGUUGUGUUUAGUUCCGUUUGGGACUCAAAGGAUAUGUGUCACGAAAUUUAUCAAAAUUCAAACCAUGUGAACAGCACGAAACUGAGUGAAACAUGAAAAUGACGGGUUAAAACUUGAAAAGAAGGUAUAGAUAACACAGAAAAUACAAAGCGAUAGCAAUAGUACUGUAUAGGCGUUUUUAGCUCGUUUACACCUUUGCCUAUCCUCUUUGUUCUUGUCUUUGACUUAGCCAUUAUUUAGGUGGGUAAAGGGGUUAGUUUCUAAGAAAAGUAUGGUGCUGCACAGUGGGGGAGUGAAGUAAAAGUAAAGGAUUGGUUUUAUCAACUAAUCUGUUGAAGAAAACUGUCCACCAAACCCGUUCCCAGGGUCCUCCGUCUCUUAUUCGUCCCCCGGAGCGAGAGAGGUACGAGCCUUAGAGGAGCCUGAGAACGAAGUUGCCUGUCCACCCUAAAAUGGGUGAAAAGCUGCCUUUUGAGUGCUAGAUCUUCAUUCUUCUACAGGCUGUCUUGUGAAUUAUACACGUAGGCCGUAGCAGGAGCCUAAAAGUUAUGGGCUCCUGACCAUAGAUAAAGAUAGAACGCGCGAGCAGAUGGGGGGGGGGGGGGGAAGGAAGGGGGGGGGGGGCCCCCUCCCCCCUCACCAAACCCCUUUGGAGGGGGGAAAAAAAAAUAUAUAGAAAAUUACCCAGAAAGCCCCGGGGCAAUGUAAAAAUUGUAAAUUUUGGGACGGGGGGUUUUUAACAAGUUAUUUGGGGAAAGGGCUAUUGUGACGCUCGUCGCAUGUGAGAGUGUGUCAGUGUGUUGUUUGAUUCUCUGCGUCUUGUGCGUGGAUGUGUGGGCUUGUGAAAGCGGAGAGGGGCAGAGGAGGGAAGGAAGGGUGGGGGGGAAAGAAGAGGAAGGACGAGGGGGGGGGGGGGGGGGGGGGGGGGGGGGGGAGGUAAAGGAAGGGGGAGAGGGGCUCCCUCCUCCCUCACCAUACCCCUUUGGAAGGGAGAAAUAGAAAUAUAUAGAAAUAUGACCAGAAAGCCUCGGAGUCAUGUAAGAAUUGUAAUAUUUCGAACGUGGGCUAUUGAACACUAUAUUACGGGAAAGAGCCUUGCCCAGGCUCAAAAACGCGCCAGUCUUUAUUGCGAAUUUUAGUCAGUGUCCUGAAUAUAAUAAAGGACUUAUUUAUUUUUUUCAAGGUACAUCACAUCUCUUCGAGGACAUGUCAAUUCCGUAUAUCAGGUAAAUAUUAAUAACACAAACAGAGAAAAACAGAGCAAAAAUCUCAAUAAAUGGAGGGUUGAAGUAUGUCGUUUAACAUACAUGUAAGGAAGGCGGCGUUCACGUUGUGGUGUUGCGUUAAACAUUACAAACAAGGUAUUUUUAAAAGGAUGCCAUUUUUAGAAUCUUUGACAGCAAGUAAACUUUUUCGGUUGUAAAUUACUAAUUUGUACGCAGUAUCUGGUUUAACUUUGAUUCUGACGCUAGUUUCGGCACUUCAGACUCAGUUUUUAAAAUUUCAUUGAUGUUUUUCUUAUGUUUCUAAGAUUGCUUGGUCUGCAGACAGCCGACUACUGUGCAGUGGAAGUGCAGACAGCACCCUCAAAGUAAGUGUAUUGACAAAUAUAUUGAAUUAUCUCCUGAGGCAACACUGAUUUCCGCUUUACAGAAUAUUGACUCUUGGCUCUAAACUCAAAGGUUAAAACAAGAAGGAGAGGUUUUGUCUUGUCUUUCAACAAUCAAUGGCUGAGAUCAGCUCAGCCACCUUGCAGAUUCCUUUAAAAAGCGACCCUCUGCUCCCCAUUUAAACGCUUUCUCAUAGAGUUACAAAGUUACUCUCCUUCCUCAAUUCAACUGGUUUACUGUCUUAUUGUUAUAGGUAUGGGACAUGAAAACGAAGAAAAUAUUAGAAGAUCUUCCAGGUCACGCUGAUGAGGUAGGCAAACUUUCAUUGGUGUCAAAAGGGGCGUGGCCGUUACCAUCAGUAAUUCACUCUCUGUCGUAUGUCGCUCCUCAAUGCGCAAUAUUAUGGUGUUUUAAUUGAAUAUAGGCCAUUGCGGAAAAUACCAUAAUAUUCCGGCCUUAAAUUGCCUUAUCGAUAGUGCUUUAAUAUUAAUUUGAGAAUAUUAUGGUAUUUUUCGCAGUGGCCUUAUCCAACAAACCAACCAAAACUGUUUGUUUAGCCGGUGCUAAGCGCGGGAAAACGCGUGAAUUUCUUUUACAGUGGAACCUCGAUAUAACGAAGGGUCAAGGGACUGGCAAUUUUUGUUCGCGAUGAGGAGGUUUCGUCAUAUCGAGGUUCUUUUCCCUAUAUUUUACCAUUGUUGGGAUACAGAAAAUCGUUUGUUUUACCGAGGACGUCGUUAUAUGGAGGUUCGUUUUAUCGAGAUUCCACUGUACUUCUGAUUGAUGAAAAAAUAGCCGGGCUAAAUUUUAAGCCAAUCACAGCCAAGAGAGGACUAUUACAACAGCCAACCAGAAGAAAACUGAUCCGCUUCAACACGGUCAAGUCAUGACGAAUUAUAGAAUUAUGGUUCUUUAACUUCGAAUGUGAUAAGUAAUAAAUAAGGAAGUAUUUAUUAUUAUUUUCCCUGAAUGUAUUGCUUUUGCUUAAAGAUCUUGUAAGCGAUUGCACUCAAUACGUUUAUCUCAUGGUCGCUUACGAGCACGAGAGCUUUGUCUUCUAGACGACCACCUGUAUUUGCGACCACUUUUAUGAAUUCCCAAAGUGGUCGCUUGCGAGAUCUUUGACUGUUGCAGGAGCCAUAACCAGGAACGAGCAACUCGGUUGUGCUCAUGUAACGGCGUUUUCACAGACCAGUUUAUUUUGAGAUCGAUUUUCCAGCGAAUUUUGAAUAUCAAAUAAUUUUUAUCAAAUCAGUCAUCAUAAACCGGAGACCAGAAAAAAGUAUUCCUAAUGUUUUGAUAGCAUUUACCUCUCCUCUUUGUAAUUACCGUACUGUGGAUGCGCGCGCAUACGGAACGUUGCUUCCAUUUCGCGGGAAAUUUCAGGCUACGGAUAAAAGUGCUCCAAAAUGAUGCUAAAAAUAGCUUGAUCUGUGAAACGCCGUUGAAUAGGCUAAGUGUGGGAGUUGCACGCUGCCGCUUGUGGUCUCCAUUGGCUCCUGACUAUAAUAAGUAACUGUAUUUUAAUUGACAUUUAUAGGUUUUCAGUGUCGACUGGAGUCCAGACGGUAGCAGAGUUGCAAGUGGAGGCAAAGACAAAGUUUUGAAAAUGUAA